AUGGGAACUCUCCUGAGACGUAAGGAUAUCCCUCCGUGGGUGAAGGUUCCGGACGACUUGAAAGACCCCGAGGUGUUGCAGGUAAAGACGCGGCUGCUGGAGGCCAUAUUUGGCCCGGAUGGUUCUCGAAUCGCUUACUUCGAGCAAGUGAGCAAGGCCAUGCUUGAGCUGAAGGCUCUGGAAUCUUCGGACUUGACCGAAGUGGUGGUCUAUGGCAACUAUAACUACAAGCUCCGGACCAAGUGGAUGCUGCAGUCCCUGGCUGAGUGGCACCGCCAGCGGCAGGAGCGAGGGAUGCUCAAACUUGAGGAAGCCAUGGGUUGUCUGGAGCUAAGUCCUUGGAUGAACUGA